AUGGAUGUGAUAAAGACUCCUAAGUUGGAAGCCAGCCGGGAGGCCUGGAUGAAUAAAAAACAGCUCGGAAAGAAUACCAACAGCGUUUGUAAAAUACAGGCUCUGCAAUGCCACUUUUGCCGAGUGACCCCCGGGGGAAAUCACGUUACCGAUCUCAAGUACAGCCCUUCACCUGUAAAAUGCAACCGCGGAACAACAAUCCUUGCAGGGGGUUUCGUGAGGAUUAAACCGGAUAAUGCACGUCAAGCGUUUAGCACAGCACCCUACGCGCGAUCCCUUCAGCCCGUUCGUCGCUCCCAGGUCCCCGGCUCCCAGAGUCGUGUUCCGCGCAGCACUGACCUGAGCGAGUGCCCCGGGGCCCGGGACCUCGCGCCGGGCUCACACCGACUAGGCGCGUUCGGGCCGCCAGAGCCUCGCAGCGGCCGGGUCCGCUCCGCAGCCAUGGCGCCUGCACAGAGAGAAAGACAAACGGCCCGAGGCGCCGCUGGUCAGCAGAGAAGCGGGCGCCCGGGAACCCCCCCUCCCCGGCCCGGCCCCGCCUCACAUACAGACCUGGACCAGCGGCCGCCGCUCGGGGUCUGCAACCUCACAGGGGAGCGGCUUCCGGUGCUGCCUGCGUCAUCUCCGCGCGUCCCUCCGCCCGCGGCGCCCGGCGGACGCGGGUGCACUUCCGGCCCCGGCCUCGAGGGGGAAGCGGGCGGGCGGAGGAGAGCGCUGGGGCGGGCGGGGGGGGGGCGGGUGACAUUCUGCAGACUUCGGACUCACCAGUGGUGUUUCAUUCUAUUUAAUGUUAUCCUAUUUCAUGCCUUGCUUUUUGGAGCUGAUUUUGUGGAAGAAUACUUUCUGCAUGCUUUGCCUUACGUAGAUAUGAAAGUUCUUGAAAUUAAGGAGAAGGCAAGAAAAUUGAACAUGGAGCCCCUAAGAAGUAAUCUUUCCAAGUAUUAUAUCCUGAGCCAGUCAGAGCUGUGUAAAGAGAAGAAUAUAUUUUUACUCUCUCUUAUCUUCAGUCACCCAGGAAAUGGAACAAGGAGGGACCUCAUCAGGAAAACCUGGGGUAAUGUGACCAGUGUCCAAGGACACCACAUUCUCACACUCUUUGCUUUGGGAAUGCCCAUUUUGGUAACUAACCAGCAAGAUAUAGACAAAGAGUCCCAGAAGAAUAAUGAUAUAAUUCAAGGAAUCUUCUUGGACAGUGCUGGGAACCAAACCCUGAAGAUCAUCAUGAUGACACAGUGGGCUGUGACUUUCUGCCCUAAUGCCCUAUUCAUUCUUAAGGUUGAUGAAGAGAUGUUUGUCAAUGUACCAAGUUUGGUAGACUAUCUUCUCAAUCUGAAAGAACACCUGGAGGAUAUCUAUGUAGGAAGAGUUAUCCAUCAAGAUACACCCAACAGGGAUCCUAAUAGUCAAGAAUUUGUCCCUUUUAGUGAAUACCCGGAAAAGUACUACCCAGAUUACUGCAGUGGCAAGGCCUUUAUUAUGUCCCAAGAUGUGGCUCGGAUGAUGUAUGUGGUUUUCAAAGAAGUACCCAUUAUGGUUCCUGCUGAUGCAUUUGUAGGGAUUUGUGCAAAAUCUAUUGGCCUUAUACCCAUCCACAGCUCAAGGUUUUCUGGGAAAAGGCACAUCAGAUACAACAGAUGUUGCUAUAAGUUCAUUUUUACAUCCUUAGAAACUACUGGCGUUGAAAUGCCCCUGGCAUGGAAGGAAAUUAGCGGUGGGAAAGAAUGUACCCUGUUUGAGACUUACUAUGGGCUCAUUUCCUGCAAACUUCUGACAUAUUUUGACACCCUUAAACGUUUUCACAUGGGUACCAUAAAAAACAAUGGCAUGUAUUUGAGUGAUUAG